AUGGAUGAAUCAAAUAAAGACUAUUACGGAACCUUGAUCCUGGAUGUGGAGAAUGAGAUUUGGAGAACUGAUAGGAAAAGCCCAUACAGACCUAAAGAAAUUAAUGUCAAUGCAAUAAAUUCCUCUUUUUAUCGGCAGCCGUUGGAUCAAAUGUUGGAGGCAGACAAGAACGAUGCAUUAAAGAAAGCUCUGACUUGUGGUGAUGUAUCGUUGAUUGAAGAACUCUUAAAUUCAGGUAUAAGCAUAGAAUCUAAGUUUCAGUUUGGAUGGACUCCCCUGAUGUAUGCUGCCAGCGUGGCUGAUGUUGCAGUAGUGCGUCUUCUCCUGGACAGAGGAGCUAAUGCAAGCUUUGAAAUAGAUAAGUACACUGUGCUGAUGGCAGCAUGUACUGCACAUGCUUCAGAGGAAAAAAUUUUGAAGACUGUAGAACUACUUCUGUCAAGGAAUGCUGACCCUAAACUUGCUUGCAGGAGACAAAUGACUCCACUGAUGUAUGCAGCUAGAAAAGGCUAUCCUCAGGUUGUUGCUCUUCUUGUUGCUCAUGGAUCACACAUAAAUGCUCAAGAUGAAAAUGGAUAUUCAGCAUUAACAUGGGCAGCACGCCAUGGACAUAAAAAUGUAAUUUUUAAGUUGCUUGAGCUUGGAGCUGACAAAAAUCUACAGACUAAGGAUGAGAAAACAGCAGCAGACCUGGCAAAAAUCAAUAAACAUUCAGAGAUUUAUAGUUUACUUUCUUUGACUGCACAUCACUUGCAAGGGAGAUACCAUGAAAUGAUUAAGACAGAGGCUAUCUACAAAUUUUUGACAACUGUCCCUGACCACAGAGUUGGUUCCUAUUCAGCUUUUGAUGACAUGGAAGUGUUUUUACAUGGUCUUGGUCUAGAACACAUAAUAGGAUUAUUAAAGGAAAGAGAUAUAGCUUUAAGACAACUUUUGGUCAUGAAAAAAGAUGAGCUAAUACAGAUUGGCAUUACAGAUCCCAGAGACCAGCAGAAACUCCUGGAUGCUAUUAAUGAGCUACAAGUUGAAGAAAUAAGAAUUAGAGACCUCCCUGAAGUGAUGAAGCUGGAAUUCAGUGGAGAUGAAUUCCUCAAGUUUCUUCAGAAGUUGAAUAAAGAGUGUGGUAACCUGACCGUUCCUGUGCAGACCAUAAAUAAGCAUUUGCUCACAAAUUCUCACAAGAUAGUACUGGAGUGGGCACCAGCUGAAAGUUUUACUGAAGUUUGCAAAGACUUGGUUUGCAAUGUUGAAAAGCUGGGAAAAGAAGUUACCAAACUGAAGAACCUCAUGGAAAAGAGGGAACAGAAGAAUGACCCCAGCCGAGUGGAAUUUCCAGAAAAAGCACCUACCUUGGAAAACAGAUUAGUAAAAAUGGGAGUGGUAACAUUGUUUGGAUUUGGUUUUUUCUUCUUUAUGACUAAGUUAGCCAUAAAGAAAACCCAACUUUAAAUUUUGUGUUAUGAAUAAUUUUGGAAAACUUGUUCGCGUUAUGCUUCUAUCCAGUAUAUGGAGCUAUGCGCUGGUUUGUGUGAAAACGACUACUUUCUCUUCAUUCUUGUGAUAUUUACAUCCAGUAAGUACAUUUAAUACAGAAAUAAAUUAAUUAAAAAUUGCUUAUUUGAACAUAUCUUAAGGUUUUGUUUUCAAAAUUACUUUUGGCUUAGCGUGUAGGUAUAAAAAUCUUGUGUCAAGGCUGCUUUUUUUGGUACACAAAGCUGUAAUUAUUGCUUACUUACUGAUUACUAGUUUCAUUGUGAGCUUUAGCUUUUAUUCAUUAAGGUGAACAUGAGCAAGUAAUGCUGAUUAUAUUGCAUGUCUGUAUUUAAAAUGAUGCUGCAAUUUUUUCCUUGAAAUAUCGUAAAGUAUCUCACACAGUUUCAUGUUGAACGUCUGUUGUAGUAUAGAUUCAUAUGAAAAACUUUCAGGUGUACUUUUGUUUUGUCACAACUACAGGACUGUGGAGAUCUUCUUAAACAUUACCAAAAAAGUAAUUCCCUACUGAACUAUGCCAUUCAAAUCAUGCCGGAGAUCUGUUUCCUCAGGGAAACUUGCUUCUUUUAACAGUUUUAAGGAUUGUAGAUGAAAUGAUGUUUACAAUUACAAAAAUGCAAGCAACUUAGAAGACAAAGCAGCUGGUUUCUUCUUAGCCUGGCCUUUCACUACAGCAGCCUGAUGUUUAGAGCAAAUUUUUCUUAAUAUUUCUCCAUUUAUGAAGAUGUUUACAAUUGUGCCGUGAAACACUAAUAUCUGUAUUUCACCUGGUUACCAGUUCCCUUUCUUCCUAUGUAGCUUCUUUGGUAUAAAUAAUACAAAUCAUGGCUGUAUUUUUCAAGCUUCCGUUAAAAUCUGCAGAAAUGCUGAGAGUUUGCGAAGGGACAUUCUUCUAUCUCAAAGUAAAACAGAAGCAGGCAAAAAAAAAAAAAAAA